CUGAGCUGGGUGGCGUGGGCACGGGCACGGGCACGGGCGGUCUCUGUGGGCUGCGGGGCUGAGGCGAGAGGUUGUGGCGAUCUUCCCGACGGGGUGCCGUGGUCUCCUGACCUCCCCGUCCCACGAAGGGCUGCGAUUCCAGCUCUGCGUGCGGCGUAGCGUUUGCCUUCUGCUUCUCAAGUCAGAAAUUACAACGCGAGAGCAGGAUCCUGAUAAAUGACGCUUGACAAGCGGCGUUUGCUGAAAAAUGGAUCCGAAUUCAGACAAAGAUAAAUUUGUCAGACCAUCCUAUGUUGCUAGCGUUGAGCCACCUGAAAGAACAGGACUAGUAAGUGUGGAAGAUAUUAAAACAGAUCUCUCUGAUGAGUUUUUUUCAGCUUCUUCAAGCUCAGACACGAGCCGGAGGUCUAGUUUGGAGCCUAGAGGACACAUACAAGUUUGCCUGCGUGUUAAGCCAUUUACAGCACUGGAAAGAGAAAAUGAAUCACAGGGGUGCAUUUCACUUGAGGACUCGACAAGCGUUAUACUGAAACCCCCUAAAAGCUCCUUGAGUCAACUGAGUGAAAAAACUGCAGGACAGAUGAUGCAGAAGUUCACCUUUUCACGAGUGUUUGGACCUGAAACAACUCAAGAAGAAUUCUUUGAAGGAGCUAUGAAGCAACCAGUGCAAGAUUUCUUAGAAGGGUAUAACCGCCUCGUUUUUACGUAUGGCAUUACAAAUGCUGGGAAAACCUACACAUUCCAAGGGACAGAAGAUAAUGUUGGUAUUUUGCCAAGGACAAUGGAUAUGUUGUUUAAAACUAUUGGAGGAAAGCUAUACACAAAAAUGGAUCUGAAACCUAUUCGGUGGAGAGAUUACAUGAAGCUGACUAAAGAACAAGUGAGAGAAGAGACUGCUCUUAAAAAUUCAUUGCUGCGUCUAACAAAAGAGGUAGACAGUGCUAUUUUGACAAACGGCAAAGCACCAGUUGAUUCUAAGGGUGUGGAAAAUCUCUUAAAAGGAUCAGAACAAUCUAGCAGAUUACCUAUAGAUAAUUGCUUUAAGUUUUCUGUUUGGGUUUCAUUUUUUGAGAUUUACAAUGAAUGUUUUUAUGAUUUACUGGUUCCUAUGUCAAAUGACAAGAAAAGAAAGACACUUCGCCUUGCUCAAGACAUCAAGGGAUAUUCUUAUGUAAAAGGUCUGCAAUGGGUUCAGGUUUCUAAUUCUAAAGAAGCUUUUAGACUUUUUAAACUGGGACUGAAACACCAGAGUUUUGCAAGCACAAAACUAAAUACUUGCUCCAGCAGAAGUCACAGUGUAUUUACAGUUAAGGUACUAAAAAUUGAAGACUUCGAAAUACCACGAGUGACACGAGUCAAUGAGUUAUCACUGUGUGAUCUUGCUGGUUCAGAAAGAUACACCAAGACACGCAAUGAAGGUGAUAGAUUGAAAGAGAGUGGAAAUAUAAAUACAUCUCUCCUGACUCUAAGCAAGUGUAUAAAUGCACUCAAGAUCAGCCAGCAGUCAAAGGUGCAGCAGCACAUACCAUUUCGUGAAAGUAAGUUAACACACUUUCUUCAAGGAUUCUUCAGUGGAAAAGGGAAGAUACACAUGAUAGUAAACAUAAGCCAGUGCACUUCAGCCUGUGAUGAAACACUCAAUGUGCUAAGGUUCUCAGCUAUUGCACAAAAAGUUAUAGUUACAGAUGCAUCUGUUCCUCCUCAUGAUCAAUCAUUUGGCCAGAAAUCAGCAAGUGGGUCAUCAACACUUUGUUGCGCUAAAAUGACCAUCCCAGAGAGAAGCACUGGUUUUCUAUGGGACCAAACCCUAGAAGAUGUAAUUGAAGAUGAUGAUGAUGUUGAGAUGGAAGAAGAUAAUAUGUCAGGAGAAGAAACAAUGCUGAAAUAUGAUGAAAAUAAAGUCCUUGUAGGAAAAGAAGAAUGUACAGCCCUGCUGAAUCUUGUGGAAGACUUGAAGAACAAACUUAUUGCUGAGAAGAAGGAUAAGUUACUACUGGAACUAAAAAUUCGUGAAGAAGUGACACAAGAAUUUACCCAAUAUUUUGCUGAGCGGGAAAUGGAAUUCAAAGAAUGCCUUUCCCAUGAACGAGAACGACUUGAAGAAAAUUCUGAAAAACGCCUUGAAAUUUUCAAGGAACUCGUAAGUGGUUAUGCUAAAAACCCAGAAGAAGAGGAAUCAAACAAUCUGCCUUGCAGUGAACAAGCUAAACCCAUGGGUGGAGAAUAUAGCGUAGUGCCAAACACCUGUGCUGAUCUUGAGGGCAUUAUUGAGUCUCUGCAGAAUGAUGUCACGGAUAUCAAAAAGCAAGCUGAAGCAGCACAUAGUUACAUUGCAUCCCUAGAGGACCCGCAGGAAUCUAUGGGUUGGCUUCAAAUGCAGCUAGGAAAUAUUAACUUUGAACUAAUGAAGACCAAAGAAGAGCUGACAGAAAAAGACACCAAACUACUCAAAACUGAAGAAGAGCUGUCACAGAAGAACAGAGACUUUGAAAUGCAGAUGAUUAAAUUGGAUGAGACUGUUGAACAACUUAAAGAAGCAACUGAGAAAAUUAAUACACAAAACGAAAGGAUUCAAGAGCUAAUGGACAUCGUGGUGCAGAAAGAUGAUGCUAUUACAAAGCUACAAGACUUAAUAUCUCAUUUAGAAGAAACAGUAAAAGACUAUGACAAUACUAUAACUACUAUUAAAACAAAACUGGCAGAAGAGAACUCCAAUAAAGUAACUGAAAACAGCCAAUUCAAGGAAUGUGAGAAAAGUGAGUUGAAAGUGGAAAGAAAGCAUUGUCUUGAAGAUAAGCCUACUGUUGAAGAGCCACCUGCAAAGAAAGUAGUUGUGAAGGAGAGGAAAAAGAAGAACACUCUCGAGCAAAAGAGAAUUGAACACUUGAAACGGAAGUGUUCUGCAUACCACAUGGAAAUACUAGCACUGAGGGAAAGAACUGAAGCCUUGGAACGUCACUUAGCUGCAGUUGAAGAACAAUGCAGAAGAGAAAAAAAUAAGAAAGAAAGGUUCAGUAAGCAGGUAACAACCCUGCGUCUUGAGCUCUCUUUUUCUGAAGAAAGAGCUGCUGAAUUCUGUGAAAAAAUUCAGCAGUAUCGAGCUGACUAUCAGGAAAUUGCUUCUGAAUUGGAUGAACAGAGGUCUAUAAAUAUGGGGCUAGAAGAAAAAAAUGUUCAACUAAAUAACGUCAUAGAAGUCGCCAAACAAAAUAUAAUUGAUAAAGUGUCACAAAUAAAAACAAUGCAGUCCAAACUAGAUGAGUUAUAUAAACAUCACUUAGAGUCUUCUGCUAUGGAUGUUGAUUUAGUCAAUCUAAAGGAUUCCUUAGGCGCUCAAGAAGGUGAACCGGAGACAUCUCAAAUUAGUGCUGUAUGCAUUCAGUCCCAGACUACUAUAUCGGAUCUUGUACAGGACCGCUCCUUUUACUGCAGUAUUGAAAAUAUUUGGGAAGUAUGCAAAAGUAUUGACGUUUCCUCACAAAAAAGUUGGCAAGUCAAAGCGCUGCUUCAAGAAGUUGAAAACCUAAGGAAGGGACUCAAAGAUGCUGAAAACUAUAAUAAUCAACUUGAAAUGAAGUUAAGUGAGAUCACAAAUCAUGAUAGUCAGUCUGUAAAGGAAGACCUUUUGAAUCAGUUGCAAGAGCAACUAAAAAAGAAAACUCAGGACUUCGAAAAAAAGACUGCAGAAGAUCACAGAGUAAUUGCACAGUUUGAAGAGGAAGUUACCAACUGCAAGGUAAAAAUAAGAGAGCUUGAAUGUCUCCUGGAGGCUUUUAGAACAAAGGAAGACAGCGUGACAAAACUCAAAGAAUUACUUAAAGAAAAAGAAUCUAUUAUUUUAAAUCUAGAAACUAUUACAGUCGCUCUGCAAGAGAAGUCUGCUAAUGCAGACAAAAAAGUUGAAGAGUUAAGUAAUGAAGAAGCAAAUCUGAUGGAAGAAGUUAUGCAGCUGAAAAACAACUUGGAGCAGAUGAAACACACUCUUUGGGAAAAGGAGAAAAGUGAAAAGGAGAAAAUGCAAUCUAUAGAAUUGCUAAAUAAGGAUCUUUCUGAGAGCUCUGCCCUUGUACAGAAUUUGAAAAAAGAUUUGCAGUGGAAAGAAGAAGAGUAUACAGAUUUAAAAGAGAAACUUUCUGAUGCCAAGAAACAAAUUCAGCAAGUACAAAAAGAGGUGUCCACAAUGCGUUCUGAGGAGAAAUCUAUGAGGAACAAAAUUAAUGAACUUGAAAGAAUUAAAAGACAGUUGGGUGAAGAACUAGAUAUCAAAAAGCGUACUAUCUGGCAACUUCAGCAGGAGCAAUUGAAUAACAAGAAGUUGGAAGAAGUUUCCAGACAGUAUGAGAGAAUACAUAAAGAUCUGUGUGCAAAAGAAAAAGUAAUUGAAGAUAUGCGGAUGACAUUAGAAGAACAGGAACAGACUCAGGCUGAUCAAGAUCAAGCUCUUGAAGCUGAAUUAAAAGAGAAUGAAAGAUUAACAUCAGAACUGGAGACAUGGAAACAGAAAUACAGAGAACUAAAUAACCAGAGCAAUAGUGACCAGUGGCAAAAGAAUACCAAAAGUGAAGAGGCAAACAUAAAUGAAAACAAUACAGAAUUAAUAAAGCUGCAAAAAGAGCUGAAGGAAAGUGGGGCAAAGUAUCAAACUGAUAGAAAGAGGUGGCUGGAGGAAAAAGAAGGACUCAUAAAUCAGAUUAAAGAAGCUGAAUGUCUUCGCAACAGAGAAUUGAAAAGAUUUGCUGAGGAGCGACAACGACAUGGAAUGCAACAAGCAGAAAUCGAAAGACUUGUUACACAGCUGAAAGAAAGGGACAACACUCUUCAAAAGUGGCGUGAAGAGAAAGAUCAAUUAGUAGAAGCUUUGGAAAUACAGCUUAAAACUUUGGCUUCUAAUGCCAUACAAAAAGAUAAGGAAAUAGCAGAACUGAAACAAUCUGCCUUAAAGGAGUCAAGAAAGGAUAAUGAAACUGUGAUAGAAGAAUUAAGAAAAGAACUGGCUGACAAAGAUGACUUUAUAAAGGAAUUAAAACAAUGCAUUAACCACGAUAUCCCUCAGUCUUCACCAGAAGUACCUUUACUUGAAGAAAGACAAGAUAAAAUGGAUCACUCUGUAAAUGAAGAGUAUUCACAGCCUAUGAAGAAACAAAGGAAGAUGAAAUAUGAAGGAAGUAUUCCAGUAAGACAUGAAGCUGAAGACAAUUAUUCAUCAUCUCAAUGUCUUAGCAGUGUGACUUCAUUAAAUGAAUCUGAGGAGCAUUCAGAAUCUGUCCUUGACUCUUCUGAAGUGUCCACAGAAAAUGGAAAAACUAGUCGGUUCCCAAAACCAGAGGUGGACAUCCGACUGACACCUCUGAAACCUGAUAAGAUGGAGAUAAAACAGCACAGCAGCAUGUUAGCUGUAAGAAUGAAAAUGCCCAAGUCAAGAAAGAACAGUGAUGACAUGGAUGAGGUGUCUGCUAAGCAGAAAUACAGAAAAGAGUACUCCCUAAGAGAGCGAGAACCUACAUCAAGUAAAAAAUUGGCUAGUAAGAAGGAUGCAGCACUACAAAAAAUUGGAAACUUUUUUCAAAGCUCUCCUUCUAUUAUUCACUCUAAAGCCAAGAAGCUGAUCGCAACAGUAAGCUCUCAGAAAUCUUCAGAACCAGAAAAUCUCAAAGAGCCAAAGCCAAAACAAUCCAAAAGAAAGCUGUAUUCAGCUGACAUUUCUGGCCCUCUAGAUAUAUCUGCUUCUUCGGUUUGUAUGGAACAAAAUGAGAAAGAAAGUGAUCAUCUAAUCAUCAAGCGACGGCUACGAUCAAGAACAGCUAAAUAACCUUGAAGAAGCAUGUUUGUACCUCCUAGUUAGGGCAUAGUUCUAUUAUAUUGUUUCCACUGGUUGUAAAUAAAUGGUAAAAAUUA